UGGCCGAACUUCCAUAAACGCCCGGUCUAUAUUAAUUAAGCGCCUUGGUCGAUCUUCAGGUCAGUUAGGGGGUUCAUCGACAUAAAAAAUUCAAAACACAUGUGCUCGUCCGUUUGUGUUUACAAGCCCUAUUCUUAACGCCACUUGUGGUCCAGAGAGAGGAAGAAAGUAACAUCUUGACAUGUCACAACAGCUCUGGUCAUGACUUGUUCCUCGCUGCUCUCUUAUGCCCCACAAAUUCAAAGCUCCCCUGUGGGCAAACUCAUUCUUGAAUUCGACUGGUCUUCCACACCAUUAGGCCCCAUCGAGCAAUGGCCACAAUCCUUAAAAACCGUAGUCUCUAUCAUGCUUGCAAACCCUUCCCAAUCUUGCUUAUUUUGGGGUCCUGACCAUAUUCUUAUCUAUAAUAAUGCUUGGAGACGUAUAAUAUCGGGAUCAAAACAUCCGCAUUUUAUGGGCAAACCAGGGCGAAUAGCGUUUCACGAAAUAUGGGACACCUUUUCAGUACAUUGCCAAAAUGUUUAUCGGGGAAAGCACGUUGGGCGUGUCGACGAUCUUUUAUUCUUCGACUCUCAACCGUCUGGAGAACUGCCUUUGAAUGUUCCAGGCAACCAAGACGAUACUAUUGACAAGCUUGAGUCGUAUUUUACAUGGUCGUAUCUCCCUAUUCAAGCUGAAGAUGGAAAAGUCGGUGGAAUUUUGAAUAACUGCAUGGAAACGACGGAAAAAGUUUUAUCAGAACGGAGAAUGUCAACAGUUCGAAUUUUCGCGGAACUUACGGCGUCGAUACGAACAACAGUUGAAUUCUGGCAAGCCGUCGCUGACUCCCUUGCCUUAAACGAACACGAUUUCCCCUACUUCCUUUGCUAUUCUGCCACAAAUACCGUCCAUUCUGAUUUCAACUCGGAUUCAGCUGAAACAAUAUCCAAUGUCUCGUGCGAUACACGGAGCGAAUACUCUUCUUCUGGUUCCUCUAUCGCGUCUGUACACAACGUACGUCUGGAUCUCGUCAAGUUCUGCGGCGUUCAGCCUGGACAUCCUGCCGCUCCAUCUCAGGUUGAAUUCAAUUCCAUGACCAUCCUGGAACCGAACCAAUCCUGGCCUUUUAGCAAAGCUUGUUUCGGUCGGACCUCUAUUAGAGCGAAAAACCCACAUCCAGAGGGUUUUCAGGCUCGCGGUUGGGGAGAUGAGCCUGGCGAUGCAAUAUUGAUACCGAUACAUGGUACAGAUGACAUGUUAGUUGGUCUUGUGUUAUUUGGGUUGAAUACAAGGAGACCUUAUGAUGCCAAUUACGCCAGUUUUCACCAAACACUUUCGCGAAAUCUCAGCUCAUGUUACGUAGCUACACAGGCGUUCGAAAGAGAGCUUCAACGGACGGAGGAACUGCAGGCGUUGGAUAGGGCCAAGACAGUAUUUUUCCAAAAUGUUUCCCACGAACUUCGCACUCCUCUGACCCUCAUCAGAGGCCCAUGCGAGGAUGCAUUAAAAGAUGAAGAUAAACUUGAUAAGACGUCACGAGCUCGGUUCAAGUUGAUAUUUCGAGCCAGUGGAAGACUACUCCGGCUGGUCAACUCGUUAAUGCUCUUCUCAAGUGCGGAGGCGAAGAGACUACAAGUCGUUUAUAGGCCUGUACGGCUGGGCCCUGUGACAGCAGAUCUAGCUUCUCUGUUUCGGUCUGCGAUCGAGAAGGCAGGAAUUACCUACACCGUUGACUGUGGAAGGUCAGACGACGAGCGCGAGGUUUUUGUUGAUCUAUCGAUGUGGGAGAAGAUUAUCUUCAAUUUGCUGUCAAAUGCGAUUAAAUACACUACUGAAGGGUUUAUCAAGCUCUCUCUACGUUUCCAUUCGUCUGAGAUCGAACUACGGGUAAAAGACUCUGGUUGUGGGAUCCCUGAAGAUCAAAAAGAGCUAAUUCUCCAAAGAUUCCAUCGUGUGGAGUACGCCGAAGGGCGAAGUCAUGAAGGCACAGGUAUUGGUCUUGCUCUAACGUCCGAGCUUGUAAAACUUCACGGUGGUCGUAUCAAAGUUGAAAGUAUACUCGGAAAAGGCUCCUCAUUCAUUAUCAGUCUUCCCAGAGGAUAUUCUCAUCUCCCAGCUAAAGAUGUCAGUCAUAUUUCGCACCCUGCUUCAUACAAGACAGCCCCUGCAGCGUUAGCUGAGGAUGGUGGUGGUCCCGGAAAUUUACACCGUGACCGUGAGCGAAAUAAUUUGGAACUGGAUCGUGCGGCUGGAUAUGGAUCCUAUGCGGAAGCGAUAGUGGAGGAGGCAAAUGGUUGGCUAGGCGAGGAUUCGGAAACGGCGUCGACUUUGUCGGCGUCUUCGGAAACCGAGACAGAUAGCUCAGGCGCCCUUCAACCUUUAUGUAUCUUGCUCGCAGAAGACAAUGCGGAUGCGCGGUCUUACAUCAAGUCGAUCCUCAGCACGGUUGCGCAAGUCAUAAUCGCGGUACCUGAUGGGCGAGCUGCUCUCGAUUAUAUUCGAAAUCAGGUGCGCCCAGACUUGAUUGUCACCGAUGUGAUGAUGCCGGGCCUUACUGGAACAGACCUUAUACAACAGCUAGCCACUGAUCCGGAUCCUGACAUCCACAACAUACCUAUCAUUUUGCUGACUGCACGUUCUGGAUCAGAGAGCAAUCCUGAGCUCAAAUACGAAAGUAUUUAUCAAGGACCAAUCGACUACCUACUUAAACCGUUCAGCUCAGACGAACUUGUCCGUCGAGUCCGGACCAAGAUUUAUACAGUAAGGCAAAAGUUGGAAUUAGAGCGACAAGUGCAACAACGAACGGCCGAGUUAAACUAUGCCCAGCAUCGGUAUAGACGGAUGACUGAGCUUGCGCCCGUAGCAAUUUUUGAGACGGAUGAUACGGAUCGGAACUUGAUUACAUUUGCGAAUGAACGAUACUUCUCUUUAACCGGAUUACCAAAGUCAUUGCCGUUGCGGUUCGAUGAGAUCAUUGAGUCGAUUGAGGCUCAAUAUCGGCCAGCUGCUAAACAAGUGUGGUCUGAAAUUUUAACGGGUGAACCCGCCCAAUUCGAGUUCCAGCUUUUGAACGGACGACAGGCAUUGGCAGAAAUGAUUUCUCUAUCGUCUGGAUCAAUACUUGGAACGUUAACAGAUCAAACAGAUCAACGUUUAUUUGCUAGCCAGCAGCUUGACGCUGAGCGGCAAAAAACAGACGAGGCAGUAAACCGGAGACGGUUGCAAGAAGCUUUCAUAGAUAUUGUUUCUCAUGAACUUCGAAAUCCCAUUUCUGCAAUUCUUCAAAGCGCUGACCUACUGUCUGGAUCAAUCUUACGGUUAAAUAACAUUUACCACGAACUCUUCGUGUCUUUCAUGAACAAGACCCAGUCGGACUCAGCGAGGCUCCAGAAAUUGUUUGAGGAGAGUCGGUCAGAAUUAGAAGAUGUCAGUCAUGCGGUUGCUUCUGUGGAACUUUGUGCUCGACAUCAAACAAUCAUCGCGAGUGACAUUCUUGUCGUAUCGCGCCUGGACUCGAAUCUACUGAGCAUAAACCCUACAACUUUUCAUUUGAUGCAUGUACUUCAAAAUACUCUGGCCAUGUUUUUAGUCCAGGUGGAAACUCAGUCGAUCGCAUUUAAACUCGACCCAGGGCCUAGUAUCACAACCGAAACUCGAAUAAUUGCUGAUUCUACUAGGUUAUGUCAGAUAUUGGUCAAUUUGAUAUCAAAUUCUUGUCGUGCAUUAGAAACAUGGGAUGGCCAGAGACAGAUUUCGAUUCAGAUGUCACUUUUGCAUUCGCGGCCCUUUGAAAUUCCUGGGCACAUUCCACAAGUUACCGAUUCUGCUGUCGAAGCAUCGCGGAUAUGGGUAUCCUUUCAUAUUUCCGAUACUGGGCCUGGUGUUCCAGUCGAGGAUCAAGCACGGCUCUUCACGCGCUUCAACGGUGUACAGGCGGCCAACGCAAAUGCUACACGACGGCCGUCCAGUCUUGAAGGGACAGGUUUAGGCCUUUAUCUGUGUCGAAAACUCGCAGAACUUCAAGGUGGUGCUAUCAAGUUUAUUGGCGCUCCAGGUCAAGGGGCGGCGUUCUUGUUUUUCAUUGAAGCUCGAUUAGCGGAAAACGCGCCAACCUUGGUCCCUCCUCAAUCUCUACGGCCUUCUAGGCGAAUCUCCAGCAAAAGAUAUCUCGUUACUGAUCCAAGUUCAAAGGCUAACAUUUCUUCGCAAGAUCAUGAAUUCAUGAAGAAGAAACCCGAAGAAUUGGAGAAAGACAAUUCCGACUCUGUCGGCAAUAAUAAGUCAUACUUCGCAGAACAGCCAAAUACAACGAGAAGAGCGAAGAUCCACAUAUUGAUCGUCGAGGAUAAUGUCAUAAAUCAAAAGCUACUUCGACGCCAGGUGGAAAAAGCAGGCUUCACGGCCCAUGCUACAAAUAAUGGAUUAGAAGCACUUCAAUACCUCGAAGCAGCGCACCAGGAUAAUAAUAGCGGUGGCGAAGUCUAUCCCUCGUUGAUACUUAUGGACUUGGAAAUGCCCAUUCUCGAUGGCCUAGAAGCUACUGCUCGAAUACGCACAUGGGAGAUGGAGGGUAAAUUACCUGGAAAACUUUUUAUAUAUGCUAUCACUGGCAACGCCCGGCAGGGGCAAAUUGACACCGCGCUCGCAGUAGGAAUGGACGAUGUUUAUAUCAAACCAUACAACAUCGCUGAUAUCAUUAGGCGCAUUGACCUUGAUUGCUCAUAACCUCGGUAACCAAGUUCUCGCCUUUGAUUUUCUUUUUUUGGGAUUAUGUAGAUAUUUGAUUAGCCGUUCAAAGAAUAAUCUGUUGGUACAGUACCUGUUACGCGACGCGUUGUGUCACAUCACAUGCAUGCUUGAUGUAACUAGAUUGUCACAGUGCUCUCCAAAUAAUGACCUCGACAAUGACGAUCUCACAGUAGACAGUACAAAAGAACAAUGCUAACGCUCUGUAUUCGAACUAGAAAAUAAC